GGGGAUGCUUGCAGGCCAUGGGGCCGGUUGGGCGCAUGGAGCCCUUGUCGCAGCCUCUGCGCGUUCACGAGCCUCCGCGAUCUCGGAAAACUUGGGGCUUUCUCUGAGUUGAGGUGUCGGCGGCGCUGGGUCCUGAAGACCCAGCGAUGCGCCCCAGGGGCUGAGGGCAGAUGAUGGGGUCUCAGCCCCGCUGCCCGGGAACUGUGCAGUCCCAACCAGGAAAGUUGGUGCGCACCUGCGGGCUUCUGGAUGAGUGCUCCUAGGCCGAACCACUUCCCAAGUUUCUUCACAUUCACAUUCAGUGGAUGAGGCAGUCCGAAUUCUGCGUGGAUCAAGGUUUGCCAGUCUAAUCGCUGGAGAGAGACCCGCGCUUUUCUAACGGACCUGAGCUCUCUAGGAUGCCCGAUUUAUUGAACCUGCAUGGUUGCAGCGACUCAGUUUUGGUUUUCUGUUUUCCUUCUUCCCUCAGACAGUGAUUUUGUGGACACCACUCCAGCACCUUACAGCCCGGAGGAGUUAGCUCCUCCCCGUGCCGGCUACAACCCCAGCAGUCCUGUGCAGAUUCUAGAAGAGCCCGCCUACUUCUACCCAGACUUGCAGCUCUAUUCUGGGAGGCAUGAGGCAUCCGCUUUGACAGUGGAGGCAAGCGGAGGCCUGAGGGGGAAAAGCGUGGAGGACCCUCUCUCCAACUUCCACUCCCCAAACUUCCUGAGGACCCCAGAGGUGGAAAUGAGAGGUUCUGAGGAUGUGGCAGCUGGAACAGUGUUACAGCGGCUGAUCCAGGAACAACUGCGCUAUGGCACCCCAACUGAGAACAUGAACCUGCUGGCCAUUCAGCACCAGGCCACAGGGAGUGCAGGGCCAGCCCACGCUACCAACAACUUUUCUUCCACGGAAACCCUCACUCAAGAAGACCCACAAAUGGUCUUCCAGUCAGCCCGCCAGGAGCCGCAGGGUCAAGAGCACCAGGGGGACAAUUCGGUGAUGGAGAAGCAGGUCCGCUCCACUCAGCCUCAACAGAACAAUGAGGAGCUGCCCACAUAUGAGGAGGCCAAGGCCCAGUCUCAGUUCUUCAGGGGACAGCAGCAGCAGCAGCAACAGCAGCAGCAGCAACAGCAGCAGCAGCAGCAGGGACAGGGGCCCCUUGGCCACACGUACUACAUGGCCGGAGGUACCAGUCAGAAGUCCCGCACGGAGGGGAGGCCCACAGUCAACCGGGCCAACAGUGGACAAGCACACAAGGACGAGGCCCUGAAAGAGCUAAAGCAAGGCCAUGUCCGAUCCCUCAGCGAGAGGAUCAUGCAGCUGUCACUGGAGAGGAAUGGAGCUAAGCAACACCUCCCUAGCUCAGGAAAUGGAAAGGGCUUCAAAGCUGGAGCAGGGCCAUCCCCGGCCCCGCCGGCCUCGAAAGCACUGGACCCUCGUGGCCCUCCACCCGAAUACCCCUUCAAGAGCAAGCCAAUGAUGUCCCCAGUCAGCAAGAACCAAGAUCAUGGCCUUUACUACAGUGACCAGCACCCUGGAGUACUCCAUGAGAUGGUCAAACCUUACCCUGCACCUCAGCCUGCAAGAACAGAAGUGGCCGUCCUGAGGUAUCAGCCACCCCCAGAGUACGGGGUCACCAGCCGGCCAUGCCAGCUCCCCUUUCCAUCCACGGUGCAGCAGCAUAGUCCCAUGUCCUCUCAGACGUCCUCCAUCAGUGGGCCCCUGCACUCCGUCUCCCUGCCUCUUCCGCUUCCCAUGAGCCUGGCAGCUCCACAGCCUCCACCGGCCUCCCCCAGCCAGCAGCUUGGACCAGAUGCCUUUGCGAUUGUGGAGCGAGCCCAGCAAAUGGUGGAGAUCCUCACAGAGGAGAAUCGUGUGCUUCACCAGGAGCUUCAGGGCUGCUAUGACAACGCCGACAAGCUUCACAAGUUUGAAAAAGAGCUGCAGAGGAUUUCGGAAGCCUAUGAGAGCCUGGUCAAGUCCACCACCAAGCGUGAGUCUCUGGACAAGGCCAUGAGAAACAAGCUAGAAGGCGAGAUCCGGAGACUUCAUGACUUCAACAGAGAUCUCCGAGACCGACUGGAGACAGCCAACAGGCAGCUGUCCAGCAGAGACUAUGAUGAGCACGAGGACAAGGCUGCAGAGGACCAUUACAUGUCCCAGAACAAAGAAUUCUUGAAGGAAAAGGAAAAGUUGGAAAUGGAGUUGGCAGCAGUGCGGAACGCAAGCGAGGACCAUCGGAGGCAUAUUGAGAUCCUGGACCAGGCUUUGAGCAAUGCCCAGGCCAGAGUGAUCAAGCUGGAGGAAGAGUUACGAGAGAAGCAAGCCUAUGUGGAGAAGGUUGAGAAGCUGCAGCAGGCCCUGACCCAGCUGCAGUCUGCAUGUGAGAAGCGAGAGCAGAUGGAACGCAGGCUGCGGACCUGGCUGGAAAGGGAGCUGGAUGCUCUGAGGACACAGCAGAAACAUGGAAAUGGCCAGCCAGCCAGUCUCCCGGAAUAUAAUGCCCCUGCCCUCAUGGAACUCGUACGGGAGAAGGAGGAGCGGAUCCUAGCCUUGGAGGCCGACAUGACCAAGUGGGAGCAGAAAUACCUGGAAGAAAGCACCAUCCGGCACUUUGCCAUGAGUGCUGCUGCCGCUGCCACAGCUGAGAGGGACAGCACCAUCGUCAACCACUCGAGGAACGGCAGCUACGGUGAGAGCUCCCUGGAGGCCCACAUCUGGCCGGAGGAAGAGGAGGUGGUGCAGGCCAACAGGAGGUGUCAGGACAUGGAGUACACUAUUAAAAACCUCCAUGCCAAAAUCAUAGAGAAGGAUGCCAUGAUAAAGGUCCUUCAGCAGCGGUCCCGUAAGGACACUGGGAAGACAGACUCUUCCAGCCUGCGGCCCGCCCGCUCUGUCCCAUCCAUUGCAGCAACCACCGGGACACAUUCCCGCCAGACUUCACUUACCAGCAGCCAGCUGGCGGAAGAGAAGAAGGAAGAGAAGACCUGGAAGGGGAGUAUAGGAUUCCUGCUGGGGAAGGAGCAUCAGGGCCAGGCCUCUGGCCCUCUGCUGCCAACCACACCUGCCUCUGCACUGUCCCCUCCGGCUUCCGCCACGUCGGCGGGCAGCACCCAUGCCAAGACAGGCAGCAAGGACAGCAGCACCCAGACAGACAAGAGCACUGAGCUCUUCUGGCCCAGCAUGGCUUCCCUCCCCAGCCGCGGCAGGCUGAGCACCGCCCCUUCCAACAGCCCCAUCCUGAAACACCCAGCUGCCAAAGGGACCGUGGAGAAACCGGAGAGCUCUCCUGGCCAUGGGAAGUCGACAGACCACAGAAGCCGUGUCAGCAGCUCAUUGCACAAGCCCGAGUUCCCAGAUGGGGAGAUGAUGGAGGUGCUCAUCUAGCCCUCGUCCUGUGGAGCUUCACACCAGCAUGCUGACAAGAAAGAUGGCUGAAAGAAGAGAAGACCUAGAUGGUAGUAGCUGGGAAACCAGGACAGGUGUGGACACUUCAUGUUACCAAAGCAGCUGGCUCACAGGACUGCAGGAAGGGAGAAAAGAUGCAUGCAGACUUGGAAGCAGAGUUGAGAAGAAAUAGGAGUGAGAUUUUCCAUUGUAGAGAAAGUGUAUGUCAUGGGGCGGCUCCAUGCUUCCCCUAUUCUUGGCUUAUAGACAGAUGAAGAAGAGCUGGGCCUUCCUUGGAACCACCCCAUUCCCUUUGCCUCUUAGAAGGUUUGGUUUAAGAAGAAUCUGCUGGAAAUCCUGAAAACCCAUCUUGGCAUAAUGUAGUGUUUCUGUGUCAUCAUGGGGUUGCACGUGUGCAUGCUUGUGUGUGCGUGUGCGUGUGCGUGUGUGUGUGUGUGUGUGUGUGUGUGUGUGUGUGUGUGUGUGUGCCUGUCCUUUGAAGAUACAUCCAGGGUAAUGGGGAAUUCCACAGGCACCUACUCGGCUGUUUGGUUUGUGGGCUCAGUGUGAGGCUUUGCUUGUCUGAACAGGAUGGGAGUGUUGUGACCACGUCCUCACCCACCCUAACUCCUUGGAGCUUGUCUCUGCCUCUGCUCUAUUUCCUUACUUUACUUUGUCGUGUUUUUUUCUGUUUUCUGAGACAUAGCAGAUUUCCUUACACUUGGGACUUAGGAGACUGUCAUUUUUGCUGUGGUGUCCAGUGGGACAGAGCCUCAUGCUGGCACCCUGGCUGCCCCCACCCCUCACCUUUGCUUAGCUGAGCUGCAGCUGUUAAUUUCACGUGAGCCAGGAAACCUGGAUGGGGAGCAGGAGUCCAUGAGUCACUGACGUCACAUCAUGCCUCUAAUUUGGUUUUCACUCACAUCUACUCUCCUGCAAGAAGCCUGACAGUUAUGCCCCAUUGUCCUGCCAGGAAGACCUCAGUGUGAACAGGUGUGCAGGUUCCUGAUGGUGGUUUACACACAGCUCCCCAGGCAGCUGCCAAGAUCUCACCAGGCAUUCUGGGCCACUUUCUCAGAUUUGAGGCUUUCCAGUCUUCCCAUUGCUCUCCGCCGUCCCAUUCUGCCCUGGUUGCUGUUGGUGAGCACAAAGGCUUCCCUGAUCCCUUCUUUCCUGUGGCCUUGCUUUGUAAUCCAAGAUUGGUAGACACACGGCGUGGCCAGCAUCUCACAAGGGAUGCAGCUUACCUGAAGUGAGGCAGCCAUGUCAUGGAAAUGAGCCACCAUGAGCGAGGGGCAGGGCCCUGGGGCUGUGGCCACAGUAAAGUGUCCUGCACAUUGCUGUGGAUGCUGGCCUCCUGCAGGGCACAAGAAAAGCCUUCCAGGGCACAGAUGGCUGGCCCUUCAGGCUCCUGAACUUUCCCCAGCUCAGUAGGAUUUGUUUUCCAAGUCCCUUUCCUCAUCACAACUUUUCCCUCAAGGGAAGAAAGAAGAGCGCUAAGUCUGUGAUUUUUAAAGUCCCUCUUAAACGCAGCCCUGAAGAUGGAUCUGCUCGGGGAGCUCUGCUCGGGUCAUUUGUUCCAGGACUUGUCCCCAGGGGAAAACCUGAGUGAAAUUGUGACCUCCCCAGGUUGAGGUGGUGCAUGGAUUGUGAGAGAUGUAGCCUGGAGAUCAGAUCAGAUCAGAUCAGAGGAGAAGUGGUGUUGUCCAACACCUGAGCCAUCUGACAGGACAAAGGAGGUGGGACUGGCCUCCCCAAGUUCCACCUGGCAGUGGACACUGGCCUUGGAGCUCCCACCAGCCCCUUACCUCUUCUUGUCUCAUAUCUCUGGCAGCUUGAGUACCGGGCUUGCCCCGUGUCCUGUGGGGGAGGGGUGAGAAGACAGUGUAGGAGAUCUCGCCAGCUGCGAGGAGCUGGAGGAUGGGUGCAGGUUGGGGUGGGGACCAUUUUGGAUAGGGCAUGGAGUUUAGUUAAUGGCAACUAGCUCUCUUAAGAGCAUGUUGUCUCCAAUUAGUGUUGGGGACAAACUAGACAGGAGAGUGUAUAGAGGUGGGAAAUUCGUGAGGUCUUCCAGCCCUAUGCCAUGUCUGAGCCCCUCUGCCCAAACUUCGGUGGCAUGUCUCCCAGCAUAGGGGUGAAGCACUGCCCCAUUUACUCAAAGUCUAGUGUGAGUAUUCCAGACACACUGCACACUUGGGCAGAAGGUCCCUGCUCCAGCCCUCCCUCCUGCACCGUCAAUAUUUCAGUUGUCAAAACACAAAGGGGACGCGGACAGUUUGGGGGCUUUAACUACAUGUGUACUGUGGCUUUCGUCCAAGACUCCAUGUUGAGAAAAUGUCUAUGGCGUUAAGGCCAAGGCCCUUUGGACUUCCAUUAUGUAAUUCUCUUAGAAAAUACAGGACGAAGGAGCUUUAGCACUCAGCAGCCAUUCCGAGCUCUGGGCUGUCCACAGUAUCUGAUCUUGACACUGAGAACAACAGCACUACGUAGGUAUUUUAGUGCUGACGGCAUGCAGGACCAGAAAAAGUGCCCGUUAACUGGUUCAUAAAGCACCAGGGGAACAAGGCCAGGAACAAUCUCCUGAGCGCACACACAGAUGCCGAAACUGGACCCAAGAGGCUUACAGCCCGUCUCCAAGCUUCGAAGCCGAUGCUAAGACUCAGAAGAGCAGUCCACAGCCUUGAACGUGAUGCGCAGAGCUGUACCUGGGUGCUCUGUGGCCCCGUUUAUGAUACUUGUGUGCACACAGGGAAGCUGUCACACCUCUUGGGGCCUGAGAACAGGACUAAGCCCAAACCUAUAAGUACCAAACCCCGCCACCCUCAGGCGGGGACAGAAGUCUUCAUGUUCUGUUAAAAGCACAACGACAAAGCAGAUUUUUUUUUUUAAAAGAGCCCUUCCUCAUAGAGCAGAUGUCUAGUCUUCAGGCAUCCCAGGAGCAUUUGACCAUGGGAUCUGAGGCUCUUGUCUCAGGGUAAAGGGUGAAGGCCAUGGCGUUUAGUGAUAACUUGACCAGCAUCCUGCUUCAUCCUUGAGUGGGCCAUGUGGUGAUGUCUGCCUGCUUCCAGGUAUCAGGUGGAACAUGAGAAGUGUAGGUCAGGUCUCUGCCACUGGGUGGUUUCAUUAAGUAGAUGGUUCUGUAUGUAAGAACUCGUCCUGUCUGGAGGUUCACAGCACUAAGCUGCUGGGGAAAACACAUUAAUUUCCAAAGAAUUAAGAGUGUGUGCUGAGCACUUGACAUUGUUCUUUCUGCUUCCCAGAAGCUGUUGACCAGGAACUGUGGAGUGUCCAGCAUGUUCCCACUGUGCCUCCUGGGUGGGCUGCCCUGCUGUACCUCCAGCUUUUCUUAGGGGUAGGGACAAGGACUAGGGGACCAGUCUUGUUCAGUCCUGCAAAGGUCUCUCUUUGGAGCCCAUGUAGCUUGACGUUUCACUUUGAGUGGAUCAAGAAAGUUGUUCCAAGUGAGUUUCUGGCCUCAGAACAGAGAAGCCAGCGGUUCUACAAUCAGGAAAGCAGCUCUGGUGUCCCCUGCAGAGAGGCCAGAUACGUGUCCUGUUGACUGUCCCCUGCUUGGCCUCAGCACCUCACAUUAAAUGUAGUGGCUGAAGCUCCUCCUUCCAAGAGCUGAUGAGCUGGGUCCUCCUCUCCCUGCCACAGACUAGAGACUUUUACGAACUGUCAGAUAAGGCUGAAGUCCCGGAGACAGUAAGGUCACAGUGAUUUGUAAGGGGUUUCCAGGCAGGUCUCUCGUGUAGGCUGCGGAGAGCUGUGCUGAGUGGGAGGGUGCGUUCUCCAAGCACACAACCUCUUCCUUGUCUGCAUUGGAGUGCAAUGUUUCUCUGUGUUCUCCGGUGAUCGCACACCCCCUUUUAAGCAAAGGAGUCUUGUGGAUGUUGGAAACAAGAUCUGGCAAAUGUUCUUAAAUGGUGAAGCCAGAGAAAAACCAGGAACUUCCCCCAAAGUGGAGUCAGCCAGUCUCUAAGUAUGUAUGUUGGCUUUCUUAUACUCUUUCUAAUUGAUUACUGUGUUCUAAAUGUCCUUAGUUGGUGUGAGGGUUGUUUAAAGCAUUUGCUUGUGGGGCGGCUCCAUGGGAGAUAGGCUGUAUAGUAACAAACCUCAGAAGCCAGCCGGCUAGCAGUAUUUUUCCCUGUUAUCAGUAGCAUACCCUUUCUUGUUUAGUAAUUUAAUAGUAUAAUACAAUGUGUAUAUGUAAGUGCAUACAUAUGAGGUGGAAUUUCUUAAUAUCCAGAAACUCCUACUGUUUGCCAUGAGCUUUCUGCUUGGGAGGGCCGCAGGGCUCCCCAGGUAAAUCAGUUGUUGACUUCUCUAGCAGAAUGGCCUCCAGGGUCUGGCACGUUCCCCUGAUUCCCCGUGAGGUCAGAGGUCCUUGUUUUUUUAAAGUGGAUUUAAGUAUGAACACAGAGGGCAAUGAGUCAGAAUAAGAGUCCCAGGGCCAGCGAGAUGGCUCAGUGGAACAGGCAUUGCCUCCAAAGCCAAGAUCCCCAGGACUCACGUGGUAGGAGGAGGGAACCAGCUCCUGCAAAUGCUCCUCUGGCCUACACACACACACACACACACACACACACACACACAGUUUUUAGAAGACUAUCAAGACAUGUAGGAAGAGUUGUCAGUACAUGUGACCUUUGGGGCCUUGUUUUCAAGCCCGUUUCUCUUGCCAGCCCCCCUCCCCCCCGCAUAAGCUACAGACCUAAGUACACAUCCAUUAGUAUGAACACCCAGUAGUAGGUAUUCUGUAAAAUGGAGACAUACUUAAGUGCAUGUUAUUGUCGUGUGUGCUGUGACUGAGGUGUGUCCUCUGCCCUCCCUUCAAGGCAAUGCAUGUACAGCAGUUUCUAGGAUCAGCUUCUCUGUUUUAUCGCCUGUGGUCUGUUUACUCGUGACUUUGCCUGGGAGUCUGCUCUCACAUACACACCUGUGAGUAUUUAUUACAAAGCAGAGUGGGGACAGGCUUAUCCACAGUACUUGUAUUUGAAUGUUUUCUAGGAGGGACGGUGGCGCCUCCUCCUCAGUGAGGCACUGACAGAAUCUGUGUCAGACUCUGGAACAGUCAGCACAGGCGCCAGCAUCAGCCUGAGUGCCCUGGGGCCACUGUCCUUUCCGCUUGCCCUGUGUGUGUGUGUGGGGGGGUGGUGGUCGUGUGUCCCUGUGCUGGGGGCAUGUGCCGCGCUGCCCAGCACGCUCUGGUAUCCACAUGUAAUCUUUGGCAUCUUUGUGUCUGGACUGUAUUGAGAGGUGGUGUACAGAUCUGUACAGAUGGGUCCAUGUGCAGAGUGGACAAGUCCCCCCACAGUGGAUAUGGAUACUGUUGGUCAGCCAAAGAUUUUCCUGUUCUUUGCUGCUUAAACUUUGUGCCUUAAUAUUGUAAAUAAUAAAUGGGUAAAACAGCAA